UGAGCCGUAGAAAAGUCUAUGUAUUGAUCAAAAAUUGGUUUAUUGUUAAUAUUUCUGCUCGUGUAGGGUCCGUUUUAGAUCGCCAGCACCAAGCAAAAUCGUUAUUAGUGAAAUUUCUAAAAGUGUUUAGAUAAGUAAGAUUGCCAAAUGAAUUGUCACGUCAAGGUUUACAACUAUGGUUACUGACGUCAUUGAAGGGUGAUGGGAAAAUUUGUUUCAAUAAAAUAUUUGACGUUUUUGUAUUAAGCUCGUGCCAAGGUAAGUUCUAAUUCUAAACGAACUUAUGUGGUGUAAUAUAUUGCAACAAAUCUUUCCUGGCUCGGAGCUGAAAACAAAAACGAUACCAGAACGUUGGAAUUGGUCCAAAGCCGAGUUUCAAACAGGCACUCAUCUUUAUUUUACUCAUAUCAAUUUUACUAUGACGAUAAGAUAUACUGAUUUGCAGCAAGAGCUGAACAAAGCUCGUGAUAAUCUCAAAGGGCUUAAUGAUAAUAUACGUAAAAUUAUUGGUCGAGAUCCUUCAACCACGGAGCAGUACAAUAACGGAAACAGUUGUUUUGGUGCAUACUCUCGGAACGAAGCCAGAAAGCGAAACCUGAAUGUUUUUGAGCACGGCAGGAAAGUAGAACAAGAUCGCCGUUUUGACGGUCAAAAUCUAGCUAAACGGCGGGUGGUAGGUGAGACCAAAUCUGUGUUUAGUAGACUGUCUGGCCCACCAAAUCGCGAUAUUGAGUAUGAGAAACCAAGAAUACACUCUCGGGUAAUUAAGGAGCAACCCACGCGGCAGGAGAUUGUAGCAGCUCAAGGAAGUGACGAACAAUCAAAAGCGCGAAACCGACGUAUUUUUGGCUCACUUUUGGGAACAUUGCAAAAAUUUUCGCAAGAAGAAUCGAAACUCAAAUCAAAGGAGGAGAAAAAAGCUCAGAUUGAAAAAAAAUUGGAACAACAGCAGAAGACAGAGAGGGAAAAUGUCCGCAAGCAGAAGCAAAGCUUGUUUACAGGAAGGAAACGACAACAACUGGAAAUUCGAGCUCUUGAAACAAAGAUGAUUAAAAUGAGGGAUUUUGAAAGCUGGGAAGAUUCAAAAAAACCAUUGGCGAAAUACAUCAAAACUCAGACAAAACCUCAAAUAUUUUAUCUGCCAAAAAAAUUGGAUGCCAAAAUGGAAAUGAAGCUGAAAGAUAGCCAAGAAGAAUAUAGAAAAGCAGUAGAAAAAAAGCGACAAGAGGUAUUGGACUCUAUCGCCAAUGUAGAAGUUCGUUUUCAAGCAGACAUCAAGAGACUGGAGGAAAAUGCAAACCGUGGGAAUUCGGAUGCCAAUGAAUAUAAUUUGAUGAUUUUGAAACACGACCAGGUAGCGACUGCCGACGAAGACGAUGACUUUCACGAUGACCAUCCCAACAGCCCUUAUAAUGAAGACGAUCACUUCGAAAACGUUGAGGGACCUGCACUACCUUCUACCAUGGCUGCGUCAAAUUUUAAAAUCACUAUACAAAAUGAAAUUAAGCAAGAGAAAUCGGAAGCGAUUCAACAAGUCGUGCGUUUGGUAGACGAAUCGACUCUUUCCUUGUUUAACGAUGAUGCUCCACAGGAAAAUAUUUCUUUUUUGGCUCAGGGGGAAAGCUUGCAAAUUACUUUCAAAACGGAUGGCGAAUGUGAAUGAUUAAACUGUAAAAUGUACUAUCGUUUGACUGAAAGCAAUGCAAAAAAGUAGAACGAUUUAACUGAAGUAUUGUAUAAAAAGAUCCAAUCAAACUACUUUGCGUUGUAGAAAAAAUGCUAGUUAGACAGGUUCCUUGGGUCUGCAGUGAGCAAAGAUUUUGCAGGGUUUUUGACUAAUUGGUUGAUUUUUGAGUACGUUCGUCAAAUUGACAUUGCUUGUUACGGUCGAUACAACUAAAUGUAAUGAUUUUGGAUACAAUGUAACCUAAGCUCUUACAGUAAAAUAAACAACAGUACAACGUAAGUAAA